AAUUUUAUAUUACAAGAUAGAACAUCACCCUUAAUAGAACAAUUAUCCUAUUUUCAUGACCAUGCAUUAAUAAUUUUAGUAAUUAUUACAGUUUUAGUAGGUCAAUUAUAUUUUUUUUUAUUUUUUAAUAAAUUUUUACAUCGAAACCUUCUAGAGGGGCAAUUAAUUGAAAUUAUUUGAACUAUUUUACCAACAAUUACUUUAAUUUUUAUUGCUAUUCCAUCUUUACGAUUAAUUUAUAUUUUAGAUGAAGUUAAUAAUCCAGCUAUUACUAUUAAAACUAUUGGACAUCAAUGAUACUGAUCAUAUGAAUAUUCAGAUUUUAAAAAUGUAGAAUUUGAUUCAUAUAUAAUUCCAACUAAUGAAUUAAAUAACUUUAAUUUCCGAUUAUUAGAUGUUGAUAAUCGAAUUGUUGUUCCCUUCGAAACUAAUAUUCGAAUAUUAGUAACUGCAGCUGAUGUUAUUCAUUCUUGAACUAUUCCUUCAUUAGGAGUAAAAAUUGAUGCUACACCCGGACGUCUAAAUCAAAUUAGCUUUUCUCUUAGACGAUCAGGAAUUUUUUUUGGACAAUGUUCAGAAAUUUGUGGUGCAAAUCAUAGAUUUAUCCCUAUUGUACUGGAAAGAAUUUCUCCUAAAUAUUUUUCCAAAUGA